AUGGGUAUCGCCGACAUGUUCGUUGAGUUCGUGAGCUCGCUGAGCUUCGGAGAGGUCGCUGAGGCCGAAGCCCCCCCGGCCGAGGAGGUCGAGGACUCGUCUUCUGCUGGUGAAGAUACGCCUGACGAGGACAAGUCGGAGGAUGCCGAGGAAGAGGCCGAGGAGGAAGAAGAGGAAGAGGAGGAGCCAGAGGAUAUCAUGCCCAAGUUGGUAGAGGGUGAGUGUGGCCCAUCCCUGUUUGUUCCUGAAUGCUCAAACUCCAAGGCCUGCGCACCUGCUAAGCACCAUUUCGACGACUGCGUUGAGCGUGUCACUCGCAACUCCGAAGAUCCCGAGUUCAAGGGCCCCCACGAGGACUGCGUUGAAGAAUUCUUCCACCUCCAACACUGCGCUACCCAGUGCGCUGCUCCCAAGCUCUGGCGCGAAUUGAAAUAG